AAUUUUUUGAAUUAACUUUAAAGUGAUGUAAAAAUAGUGUUAUUAUACUAACAAUUGAAACAAAUUAAUGAAUGCAUUGAUUGACUGACUGUUUGAAGCAUCGGAUCAAUCAUUCAAGUGAUUUGAUUGCAAUGUCAACGAUAGCAAAGGUGACGACAACUGAAUGUAUGAUUGCCAUCGAUGAAGACUCAGAUGAAGAGAUCAAUUGUGAUAGAGUUGAUGACAAUGACAUCGAUAUAGAUGUGGUACAUGUCUUGGAUUCUGUCAUUACUUCUGUGUCAACACUUUCAGAAGUGACAUCAAUUGAGACAACUAAUGAUAAAACAAAUGUUGUCAUUGAAACUUCAGAUAUACAGAUGAAUCCAAUAGAUGACAAUGUAUUGAAUGAUGAGCUUUUCUUUUAUGAUAAGAAAGGUGUCAUUCAAGAUGUAGAAGACGAGGAGGAAGAAGACUGUAUGGUUAUCGACGAACUGACUACUCGUUUGGAAGAUAGUAUCGAUCAGUUAGUUGUUGACUCAGAUGAUGAUGACAUUCAGUUGAUUGAAAUGAAUAAAACAGAUGUUAAUACAAAUGACAAAAAUGUGAUCAGACAUGACAUCAAAGAAAAGGUCGAACAGAAAAUAGAAGAACAGAUCGAUUCUCAAGAAGUAAUUGUUUUGAGUGAUGACGACGAGGAAGAAUGUCUCGUUAUUAACAACACUUUUACUUCAAAACUCAAUCAGUUAACACAAAUUGAUGGUACUUUUCGACCAAAAUACUCGUCAUCUCCGGUUAGCUCAUCGUCUUCAUUGGCGUUAAAGUCAGAACCGGGCACUUCAUCCGGUGUUAAGCGUGUGGUUACUUAUGUUGACACCGAUUCUCCAAAGAUAUCUACUAAUGUUUAUCAACCAAUGUUUAAGUCUUCAUUUUUGACAAAUUUUAAGAAUACAAUUAAUGAAUCCAAAGAUGACGAAAGUAUACCUUUCUUAUACAAUGAACCCAACACUUCAACUUCAAGUGAUUUUAUUGGCAGCUCUAAUGUCGAUGAUAUGGAUAUAAUUGCAAAUUUGGUUAAACUUGAUCGUAAAAUUGUACAAAAUGUCUUAAAUUUGAUUGAUGAUCAAUGCACUGUACCUUUUAUUGCUCGAUACAGACAGUCUGCCAUUAGUGGUAUCGAUGCCGACAAAGUUCGCAGAAUUAAUAAUAUUUAUAACGAAUUGAAAAAGACUAAGGAAAGAGUCAAAGAAGUUGAAUCAACUCUUGCCAAACAAAGUCGUCUGAAUACUAGAUUGAGUGAAGCUCUUCGUCGGUGUAGAAAUGUCUAUGAAGUGGAACAUCUCUAUAGGUUGUGUCGCAAUGAAAGCCAGUCUUCUGAAAGAUAUAGGAACUUAGGUUUAGGUGACAGUGCCGUAUCGGUUCUUAACGGCAAACGUCUCGAUCCCAAUCAUUUUGUCAAUAGAUUUGCUUCCGAAUUAGAUAAUCCACAAACCGUUGAGAUCGGAUGGUCUGAGAUUAUCGCAGAUAUUCUCAGUAAAGACUGUGAUGUUCUUGAGUUUUUAAUUGCAACAUAUAAACAAAACAUAACGACAUUAGAAGUGGAGGAAAAUUUGAAAAAAAUAAACGAAUUAAUUGAAGAAAGUAGUGCUAAAAAUAUAGAUCUAAUUCAAAAAUAUCGCAAUUUUCGGUCAUUUAAAAAACCAAUCGAUAAAAUGAAAGCUCACACAUAUAUGGCUAUAGAAAGGGGUGAAGAACUUGGAAUACUUGAAGUUUCCAUUGGUUUUCAGACAAUCGUUUUGAAUAAACUGAUUGACUUUUGUAUUAAAAAGUGGUUCCGUUGUCCGUCUGACAUAUUAGUCAAUUGUGUCAAAAUUGCAUUCAAUACACAAUUAAAGCCAAGUCUAAGUGAUUAUAUUCGUUGGGAAUUAAGAUAUUCAUCGCAUACGGAAGCGUUAGAUGUAUUUCGUAAUAAUGUUAAAUAUCUUCUUCUUGAGCCACCACUUAGAGGUGAAUAUGUUAUAGGAGUUGAUCCGGGAAUUGAUUCGGGAUGUAAAGUAGCACUUGUGUCUCCAUGGGGCGUACCAUUGCAUUGCAAAAAACUUAAUUUAAAUAACAAACACAAUUGUGAGACAGCGGCCGCACAGCUCAGGGAAAUGAUGAUUCAAAAUAACUGUUCAAUUAUAGCAUUGGGUAACGGAACAGGUUGUCGACGCUUUGAGGAUAUGUUACAAAUACAUAUGAAAUGCGGUUUCUUUAAACCACUUAAUAUCAAAUAUAAAAUAAUUAAUGAAUCGGGAGUUAGUUAUUAUUCGGUGACCAAAGAAGCGAAAUUAGAUUUGCCUCACUAUAAACCUGAUAUGAUUGGAGCUAUUUCUAUAGCACGAAGAUUGAUUGAUCCGAUGAAUGAGUUGGUCAAAGUGGACCCGAAACGACUUCAAGUGGGAAUGUAUAUGCGCGAUAUACCAGAGGAAGCCGUAAGACAAGCUUUUAAUGAAGUGACCGUUGAGUGCGUCAGCUUUUGUGGUGUCGAUGUUAAUGUGGCCUCACCUGAGUUAUUGAGUAAAGUGGCGGCUCUUGAACCAACAAUUGCUAAUAUUAUUGUUAAGAAGAGAGAACAAGACGGUCUGUUUACAAGUAGAUCUCAAUUGCGAAACAUCAAUGGUAUCACUUGGAAACAGUUUGAACAGUGCGCCGGAUUUAUUAAAGUUAUGCCAUCAACUCGUAGAUCACCAUUUAGUAUUUACACUGAAUCCAGCAAAGAAAGCAAUGACGGACCGGACAAGAGAUUGGCCACUUCUACUGACGACUACGACCCGUUAGACUCGACUAUAAUACAUCCUGAAUCGUACAGCUGUGCCAACAUUUAUUUGGAACUAAUUGGUGCCAAUAAACGAGAAAUUGGUAAACCAUCGAUUCGUGACAAGAUUAAGAAAUGCUAUGAAAAGUAUAGUUUGUCAGAAAUUGCACAGUUAUGUAAUACAAUGACUACAAAUAUGAAGAUAAUCAUCGAAGGCCUAUCCAAUAGUAUUGAUUUUGAUUACCGGACAAAUUUUACACAAAUUUAUUUACCAGAAAUCAAACACUUCAAUGACCUCAAAGAAGGUAUGCAAUUGAAAGGACGAGUGGUUAACGUUACUCCAAUGGGAGCGUUCAUCGACUGCGGCAUUAAUAAUGGUAUUAAUGCUUAUUUGCAUACAAAAGAUUGUCAAAAACAUGCCAUUGCUGUCAAUGACAACGUUUUAGUUAAAAUUAUUAGUAUUGAAAAAUUGCUUCAAAGAUUCAAAGUAGUAGUCAUCAAUGUCACCAAAAAUAAUAUCAAAUUUAUUUAA